AUGAUAUCAGUUCAGAAACCACUGCAUAUUCUCUCCCUUGCCUCAAAAUCCACCAUCACACCACGCUCAUUUUCCACUUCCACUUCUGCCAUUGAUUCAAUUACUGCACCGAAACCAACCAAUCAAGCUCAAACUCAAAGUCUAACUCAAGAAGAGCACACAAAGAUCAACCUCCUCCUCCCACGCCUCUGCCUCUUAAACCACCUCGACACAGCAACCCACCUCACCAUCACAGCCCUGCUCACAAACCCACCUCUCAAAUCUCUCUCUUUGUCCAUUCUCAUCCACUCCUUCACUUCCCAACCCGACAUGGCCCGACCCAUGUCACUUUUAACCCGCCUCAGGCACAACCCACCUUCACAUCCCUAUCUCACGCCCAUCACAACCAUGUUCAUUGCCUCAUAUUUCAAGAAAAAUAAACCCAAAGAGGCCCUCAAAAUGUUCAACUGGUUGGUAAGGCCAGGCUCUCCAUGUGUGCUCGACGAGAGAGUUUGUGAGGUUUUGGUUAAUGGAUUCUGUAAGAAUGGGAUGGUUCUUGAGGUUUUGAAGGUUUUGAGGGCCAUGCUGAGUACGAAUAUCGUGCCGGGAUGUGAUCUGAAGAAGUGGGUUUAUAAGGUUUUGUUGAGGGAGGCUAGGAUUAAGGAGGCAGUGGAGUUGAAUGAGGCUUUGGGUUGUGUUGGGGAUAGAGAGAAAGGUGAUGAAUCAGAGUGUGUGAAGAAGGUUUUGGCUUUGUUGGAUCACAUGAUUGGCAAUUGGGCAGAAUAG